GUCGGAAGUGCCGAGAUACUAGUCGGUUCGCGAUUUUCGGGCGUUGUUGUCGCCCUGUUGCAGCCAUACUUGCGCCUUGCGCAUUUACCAGCAGCAGUCAUGAUGAGCACUACUGCAUCACUUACGGGCUAUUUCGGACUGCGAGAAUUGAUAUUCUGCGCCUUGUUCUUGGCCACGGUUUUUUACGUGAAGUAUCUUCGAAGGUACAAAGAUUACUGGAAGAAGCAAAAUGUCGUGCACGAGGAAUUUGAUCUUUCCUGGGCGCCGAUAUCCAACAUGCUUAAAGAGCCUAUACAUGAGAUUGAUAUGAACAGGCACAGGAAAUACGGAAAAGUCUUUGGUGCUUUUGAAGGGCUCCAUCCCACACUUUUUUUGUCGGAUCCUGAUUUAAUCAAGCUUGUGCUCGUCAAGCAUUUUAAUGACCUUCCUGACCGCAGAACUGUUACACUCAACGACCCCAUCUUAGACAACAUGAUGACCAUAGUCUGUGCGGAACGUUGGAGAAAGAUUCGGCCAGCUGCAAGUCCUGCCUUCACUGCUGGCAAGCUUCGUAAGAUGAACAUCAUUAUUCAUGAUUGUGCCCGAAUUACAGCAGAACACCUCAUGGGGCUAGCUGAAGACGGGAAAGACUUGAAUCCUAAAGAAUUCUUUGGUCACUACACCCUGGACGUCAUUACGAGGUGUGUCCUGGGGGCAAGGCUGGGAUCUCACACCGCCCAGGCUGACGAGUUUGUCGCCAAGUCACAGGCAGCAUUCGCCCUGAAACCCAUGCCAGCUGUCGUCUUGUUCUGUAGGUACUCGGGUCGGCAUGCCACGAUGCACAGAAUGACAACCCUUUGCUUGCAGUUUACAUCUGGACGCUGUUUCCAUUCAUCACAACGUUGCUACGGCUGCGCGUCUUCAGCCCUGAAACAUUCGUCUUCCUUAAAAUUUCUGCCUAAAUGUCACCGUGUAACUUAUUUCUUGUUCUUUUUUUUUAAUUAUUAUCUGAACUUCUCUACACGCAAUAUUCCUUUCGGGGCCGUAUGUAUACAAAUAAAUAAAUGCCAUCUUUGUUUUCCACAGAAGCACCAAGAUUUUUUGCAGCUGAUGGUUGAUGCCCAGGACAGCAAAAUGCAAGUCUGUGCUGAAGGCCCACAGAAUGCCGAGGAGAAGCUGUACAACCCAGGCGCAGAGCAGGCUGUGGAAAGGACUGCUAGUGCUAAAGCGCUCACCGAAGAGGAGGCACUGUCGCAGUGCGUUGCAUUCUUCAUUGCCGGCCUUGACGCAACUUCGUCAGCCCUGGCAUUCACAUUCUAUCUGCUGGCCCUGCACCCCGACGUUCAGCAAAAGCUCCGGGAGGAAGUGGAUCGCUGCUUUGAGGAGAACGGCGAGGAGCCAAGCCUUGAUGAUGUCUCCAAAUUAAAGUACCUCAACUGCAUCAUCUCUGAGAGCUUGAGAAUGUACCCGCCAGCUGUACGGGUUGAAAGAACAGCUUGCCAAGAUGUCACCCUCGGUGACACCGGGAUCAAUCUCUCAAAAGGCUGUGCUGUGGUAAUUCCAGUGUACGCUAUGCACCAUGAUCCCGAGUACUUUCCAGAUCCUGAGAAGUUUGACCCUGAAAGAUUCAGUGACGAGAACAUUGGCUCCAUACAACCCUACUCCUACCUGCCGUUCGGCGCUGGUCCCAGGAACUGCAUUGGGAUGCGAUUCGCCCUGCAAGCUCUGAGGAUGUGCCUGUUCCACGUUGUUCGCAGUGUGGAACUAUUGCGGACAGAGAAAACCAAGGUGCCGUUAAAGAUGGUAACCACUUUUUCUUUGUUGACUGCCGAAGACAUCACCAUCGGCGUAAAGAACAGAAAUCUGUGAAUCUGAGGCUCGCUACAGACAGGCCACGUCCUAUGGGUUGCCAACUGUUUCAUGGUUUGCAGGACUGCCUGAUGUUUCACACUGAAGAAAGCCAUUUAUAAAAUGCUCUCCUGACGAA